AACCAGAGCCACCUAAAGAACCUGAACCAAAAGAACCAGAACCACCGAAAGAACCUGAACCAAAAGAACCCGAACCACCUAAAGAGCCUGAACCAAAAGAGCCUGAAACACCAAAAGAGCCUGAACCUGAACCACCAAAGGAACCCGAACCACCAAAAGAGCCUGAGCCACCAAAAGAGCCUGAACCACCAAAAGAACCCGAACCGCCGAAAGAGCCUGAACCACCAAAAGAACCCGAGGCACCGAAAAAAGAGCCCGAACCACCGAAAGAACCUGAACCACCGAAAGAGCCCGAACCACCAAAAGAACCCGAACCAAAAGAGCCUGAACCAAAAGAACCAGAACCACCUAAAGAGCCUGAACCAAAAGAACCAGAACCACCAAAAGAGCCUGAACCAAAAGAACCAGAGCCACCUAAAGAACCUGAACCAAAAGAACCAGAACCACCGAAAGAACCUGAACCAGCACCACCUAAAGAGCCUGAAACACCAAAAGAGCCUGAACCUGAACCACCAAAAGAACCCGAGCCACCAAAGGAGCCUGAACCCGAACCACCAAAAGAACCUAAACCUGAACAACCAAAAGUACCUAAACCCAAACUUCCAAAAAAGCCCAAAUGUGAUAAGCAUGCUGAAAAAGAAACUAAAAGGCCACGUUCGAAAUAA